GAGGGGGGUAUAAAAACCAAAGCAAGGGAAGAAAAGACUGCUGGAACCAGGUUUGCACGAGGAGCGCUGAGUCUGAGCUGAAGGCAGAAGAGAGAAGAGCCGCCGCCACUGUACCUGAACAGUAGCAUCUGUAGCACAGGUUAAACCAUGCUGUGGUUUCUGGUGGUGACCUGUGCGCUCUGCACGGGAGGACAUGUUGCAGCAGGACAGAGAGAUGGAGAAAUUAUCAGUCAGAUUAAAAUGACGAACCUUGCACUGGCUGAAAUUAAAGAGCUUCUGACACAACAGAUAAAAGAGAUAGUAUUCCUGAAGAACACAGUGAUGGAGUGUGAAGCCUGUGGGAUGGGAGGAAUGCAGCCUCGUCCAUCCUGUGUGCCCAAUCCCUGCUACACAGGGGUGAAGUGUAAGGAGACACCUCAGGGUAUUAAGUGUGGACCCUGUCCUGAAGGCAUGGAGGGCAAUGGUACCCACUGCACUGAUGUGGACGAGUGUACUGUGAUGCCGUGUCACAUGGGUGUGCGCUGCAUAAACACCUCCCCGGGUUUCCGCUGUGGUACCUGUCCUGCUGGAUACACCGGCCCCCAAGUCCAGGGCGUCGGCCUCGCCUACGCCACUGCCAACAAACAGGUGUGCAAAGACAUCAAUGAGUGUGAAAGCUCCAACAAUGGAGGCUGUGUGGUGAACUCUGUCUGCAUGAACAGCCCUGGCUCGUUCAGGUGUGGUCCCUGUAAGACAGGCUACGUUGGGGAUCAGAGACGUGGCUGUAAGCCGGAGAGAGCCUGUGGGAAUGGCCAACCCAACCCCUGCCACGCCAGCGCUGAGUGCACCAUCCAUCGAGAGGGUACAAUCGAGUGUCAGUGUGGAGUCGGAUGGGCUGGCAACGGCUACCUCUGUGGGUCUGACAUUGACAUCGAUGGUUUCCCCGAUGAGAAACUAGACUGUCCUGAGAGGAACUGUAACAAGGAUAAUUGUCUCACUGUGCCCAACUCUGGCCAAGAAGAUGCUGACGGUGAUGGAAUUGGAGACGCUUGUGAUGAGGAUGCAGAUGGUGACGGGAUCCCCAACACACAGGAUAACUGCGUGUUGGUGCCUAAUGUGGACCAGAGGAACAUUGAUGAGGACGACUUUGGUGAUGCCUGCGACAACUGCCGCGCUGUCAAAAACAACGACCAAAAAGACACAGAUGUGGACAAAUUUGGUGAUGAAUGUGAUGAAGACAUUGAUGGUGAUGGAAUCCCCAAUUACCUGGAUAACUGCAAAAGGGUUCCCAACGCUGACCAGAUAGAUCGUGAUGGCGACAAAGUGGGAGACGCCUGCGACAGCUGUCCUUAUGUUCCAAACCCUGACCAGAUGGACGUGGACAACGACUUGAUUGGAGACCCCUGUGACACCAACAAGGACAGUGAUGGUGACGGCCACCAAGACUCUCGGGACAACUGUCCAGCCGUCAUCAACAGCUCCCAGUUGGACACCGACAAGGACGGCCUGGGAGACGAGUGCGAUGACGAUGAUGAUAAUGACGGCAUCCCAGACCUGCUGCCACCUGGUCCUGAUAACUGCCGUCUGAUCCCCAACCCUCUGCAGGAGGACUCUAAUGGCGAUGGUGUGGGUAAUGUAUGCGAGAGGGAUUUCGACAACGACACUAUCAACGACCCCAUCGAUGUUUGUCCAGAAAAUGCUGAGGUCACCAUCACAGACUUCAGGGAGUACCAGACCGUCGUUCUAGAUCCGGAGGGAGAUGCACAGAUCGACCCCAACUGGGUGGUGCUGAACCAGGGAAGAGAGAUUGUCCAGACUAUGAACAGUGAUCCUGGCUUGGCUGUUGGUUACACUGCUUUCAGUGGCGUGGAUUUUGAAGGGACGUUUCAUGUAAACACAGUAACGGAUGAUGACUACGCAGGAUUUAUCUUCGGGUACCAGGACAGCUCCAGUUUCUACGUGGUGAUGUGGAAGCAGGUGGAACAGAUCUACUGGCAGGCAAAUCCGUUCAGAGCCGUGGCAGAACCAGGCAUCCAACUGAAGGCUGUCAAGUCCACCACGGGUCCAGGUGAAAACCUGAGGAACGCCCUGUGGCACACCGGCGACACGAGUGACCAGGUCAAACUCCUGUGGAAAGAUGCUCGCAAUGUUGGCUGGAAGGACAAGACUUCGUACCGCUGGUUCCUCCAACACCGACCUGCUGACGGAUACAUCAGAGUUCGUUUCUACGAGGGUCCUCAGAUGGUGGCGGACACAGGCAUCAUCAUAGACGCCACAAUGAGAGGAGGUCGACUAGGAGUCUUCUGCUUCUCGCAGGAGAACAUCAUCUGGGCCAACCUGCGUUAUCGCUGCAACGACACUCUUCCUGAGGACUUUGACUCCUACAGAGCCCAGCAGGUCCAGCUGGCGGUCUGAUGACAACAAACGAGCACCAGGGAAUUCUGGGAAGACUUUCAAAAGCUGGAGCUGGGAUCAGAAAUAAAAUCAGCACUUUGCAAACAUUUCUAAAAAGUCAACCCCACAUGUUUGAAAUCUCCUCAGUUUUAUCAUAAAACCUGAUCGGCUACGCUUUAAACUCCUGACAGAAGAGGAUACACAGCAGUAAAAACGUAUAUAAUAAUAAUAACACAAAUUGUUUACAUUGUUUAGUUGUUACCGAACAGAAAUUUCUGUCAUAAUUAUAAAAUAAAAAAUAAUCAUUUAUAUUUUGAAAGAUGAAGAUUUAACUGUAACUAAUAAUAAUGUGGAAUAAAUGUGGAUUUUGGUAAAUGUUGUGCAGUAUUUGGAUGAAUUUUAACUCUGCUAAGUAUGAUGUACCCAUUUACUAGGGCUGCACAGCUGAUUUUGCAUAUUCAAAAAAUACUGAUUCUAGUCUUUGAACAAUAAUAAUAGAAUAUUAGCUUAUCGGCAAUGAUGAAGUAUUUAAUUUGAGAGGUGGUUUUAAAUUGUAAACAUGUCGGAUGCAUCGAGUCUAGAGAAAUCUUCUAAACCUAAAAUUGACUGGGAAUAAUAUAUUUUUGCUUCAUAAAAUUUCCAGAAAAGUGCUCUAUAAAUUAAAUGCAUUAAUGGUGAGGUCCUAUCAUAUAAUAGUGACCCUGCAAAAAGGUCAAACAUUUGAUUUUAAGUAACAGACGUGACUUUUUUCAAACUCAAAAGCUUUUAGUGGAAAUCAACAUUCUGAACAUUUCACAAGCAUGCACAUAUCCAAAAUAAUCUUUUAAAUUUUGCAUUUGGAAAUACAGAUUACAAAAUAGAAACAAUAGCAAAGACAAUAUACAACAGGAUUGAAAUACCAUGCAUGUCCACAGCAACAUGCUGUGAUGCUGUAAAAUGACAUCGGACAGUUUUUUAAUCGGCAUAUUCUGCAAAUCAAGACUAUGUGCAGAGAAAAAUCUGUCUUCCACAUUCAAUUUAAUUGACAUUUUUCUUUCAUCUUAUAAACAAAUGGUCACAUAAGGAGAAUCACAUGGCAACAAAUAAAUAGCUACAGAUCUUUUACUACGACUUACAGGACAACAGUGAUAUAAUGCUAUUCUCACUAUAAGCUUUACGUGGAACUUAAACUGUUUUUCCAGAGAGAGCUGUAGAGUCAUUUAGAAAGCCCAGGGUUAUUAAAGGGAGAUUUUAUUCAGACCUAAAACACUCUGGGAACAAGUAGUAAAGACUGAACAGCAACUCUUUCCUUUCAUCCUGGGCCUUAAGAAACGGCUUAAACACAGGAGUCCUGUUUCAGCUUCACUCGUCUGCUUAUUCAGUUUGGGACAAGAUUUAGCUUCACUGCUUUUUGACACAACAUAAACACAGGCUGUGCUAACAAGUACUGCACAUAAGUGGUGUCUCAGACUAAAACAAGCAGAUGAGUCAAAACAAAAUAGUUUACAACACGUAGAAAAUGUACUUUGAGGUGAUUUUUUUUCAUCGUAUCUGUUUGGAAAAUUGACUUCUAGCUUCCGUUCCUUAGCCUGACAGGUUUGCUUUCCAUAUUUCAGUGUUUAGCCUCAGACUCAGCAAAUGUCUCAAAAUGCAAAUUCAUGUUCUACACGUGAGAAGUAAAUGUUUCCCCACCAAGACAGGAUCAGGAAAAGACAUAUAACCUCAACUCUGCAGAACAAAGUUGACUUUUUUACCCUAAUAACUGCCUUUUUUUAUUUCUACAUUUUAAUCAAAGGUGUAUUAGCUGCCUAACUUGAACUCAAAUCUUUACCAGUCUAAGUGUUGCUGUUAGCUAACUUUGUUAGCAAACCUGUGACAGUUGAAAGCAUCUAAUACCUUUGUCACAUAUGUUGUCAUAUGGUGCAGGUGCAGACCAGUGUGAGCUUCUACAUGUCUAAUAACUCUUCUCCAGUACAACAUGCAACAUCUAACAAAUGUUUUUUACUAUUUUGCCUGCAGGUAGAUGUUUUCAGCAGCCGCAAACAUUUGGUAGAUAAAACAUGCAGUACUGGAGAAGAGUUGUUUGACACGUUUUAAUUUGGAUGGAAUCACAUUCUUCAUGUCCAAAACAUGUAACCUGCAUUUUAGAGUUCCAGCCAAUUUCAUGAGACUGUGUUGCAGCACCGUACAGUACUCUGUAUUAUUGAGGUUGCAACUAACUACUAAAGCCAAACUAGUGUCACUGCAAGAAUCGUGACUCGCUCAAGCUGGAUUCAUGUGGGGGGAAAAUGACCACCUAAGAAAUACAUUCGGAGUGCCGUUCCUUUCCAACACGAGAGCACAAGCUGCACUGGAGUAAGCCCUGUAUUGUUUUGCAUCCCCUAAAAUCUUCACUGAUAAAAAACAAGACAAGCCAAAAUAUAGUUUACAAAGGAAAAUAGAGAAUUCAUCUUUUCUUUGACAUGAAAAUAUCUCCAAAGUAUACAUCUGGAGUGAAACAGUCAGCAUUCACAUUGGGCAGAACAGUCCCUGCUCAAAAGCCAGGAAGUCACAAAUAAAGUGCAAAGAAACUAGUGGACUAAACAUUGCACAAAAACAGAAAAACAACACCAACAAAAAAAACCCAAACAGAAUUACACCAGUCCAAAACCUGACAUGAUAGGCAGCAACAGCAUAAAAUAAUCACAUCUGAUGCCUUAAAGCACACUUGAGCAUAGCUAGAUCAAACUCCUGUACAUAACAUGGGAUAAGAAUCAGCUCAAUGUGUCUAUCACGUCAUGCAGUUGACUGCGUAAUGCAGAAGCUUCAGAAGAUUCAAGUCCACAUAUGCAAACGAUCAAUGCACGUGCCAAUCUGCAAUCUUUGCAAGACAGAACCUGCUUCCAUUUCUCAAGAAAAGCCAAAAGGCUGUGCUGAAGGAGAGGAGGGGCCGGGUCUUUAUGUACGAGAAUCGACUGUUUACACUUGUGCGCGGUGAGAUGCUACAGUAGGAAGAGAAAGAGAGAGCGGAACAAGCAACAGUCUGAUUCCUCAGAGAAGAAAAAGUGGACGACUGAAGAGCAGAGAGAGAAGAGUCUGGUCCGACUGUGACGGGACCAAAACCUCCAAAACAUCAGGUCAUUUGGCUAAAACUGGGACGCUGCCACAGAAAAUACAUUCUCUUAUCAUUCGUGAAGUAGCAUUAUACAGAGAUGGAGGUAACAUAGUCUCUUAACAGGAAACUGAGUUAACUGUUGCACAGGAGAAACCAAUACAUGCAUCCCUUUAGACUUUGUGAUAGCUUUAUGUUACACAAAUCAAACCUGCGGAGAUAUAGAAGGCCUUCAUUUAGAGGUUUUGACUGUCAGUUUAGUCAUGCAUUUUGUUUCAGCUAUAUUGUAUAUGUACAAGGUCAGUGUGAAGGACUAGUAUUCAGCAGGAUGACAGGAAGGAAGUGACAGGAAAGCUCAAAAUCACUGGCAUUAUUAGUAAUGCAGCAGUGAAGUUUGGCUCAAACAACGCUUAUUUCUUUAAGGAAUAAAAAUACAUUUGUUUCAGUGACUUAAAGGAAAAAUCCAACUUAAGAUAAAUAAAAAUUGGUAAAGUGUCGUGCAUUUCUGGACCUUUUUCAGUAGUUUAUUUUUCUUCCUCCUACGUGUAACUGGACACUGAACAUCGUCCGGACGUAUCAAGCAACUACAGUAAAAUGUUUCACUGAUCUAAAACAUCAACAGUAAGUCAGGUUUGGAGUCAUUCCUUCAGGAUUAGAGAAAAAGGGUUUCUUUCUAGACAACAGUCACACAGGAAGAGAUGUGUUAAGGUGGAGAGGAAUUCUAGAAAAAUUUAAUAAAUUACCAACAGAAGUAGUAGUAGACAUGGCAAGGUGAGAGGUUCACCAAAAAAAAGGAAGAAACAAACAAAUGUUACUUAAUAUUAAAGUAAAGCUGAAUUUAUGCUUUUCCGUUGACAUGAAAUAAAUUUAUAGCUCAGCUUAUGAUUUCACUCAUUGAUUGUCAUAGCACCACUUCAACACUGGAUGGACGUCCUGCACUCAUUAUAUACUCAAACUAGCUGAGUUCACAUUUUUCCUUCAUUUUAAACUUAAUAUUAAAUUACAAAUUUGUCCAUCGACUGAAAAGGAGGCAGUAACUGAUCUGGGCAUUCAUUGUUUAGUCAAAAAAAUAAAUAAAUCGACAUUUUUUCCCCCAUUCAUUUUGUACAAGAAUAAGGAGCCCACGAAUUCCUGAAAGAAAGAUAAUAAUUUAGAUAAAAUAAAAAAGAAUAAUAAUGGCUGUGAGGACUGUGAUGUGUACUGUAAAUGGCCUUGCUCGAUCACAAUAUAUAUUUGUCUAGUGUUAUUGAAAAGGAGAAUAUUAGAGCCUUUUAUUCAAAUUAAUCAAUGCUGUUUUCACUAUUACUGAUCUCUACCAGCAUCAGUAACAUGUAGGAGAAAACAACCUAAGCUGACCACUAACAGUUCUUACAAGCCUCAGCCUCCAUUACAACACCAUUUCGGGAGAAUAAAUCCAGCUUAACUUCUAUAAAUGUGUUAAACAAUAAAACAUCAGAGGUGGAUUUUUCCUUUAAGGGACAUUUUUUGUCUCAUUUGCAUAGGAAUCACAGACCUGUUGAAGGCAAAACAAAACCUUUGAUGGAGGAUUACAGCAGACAAACACUGAACUGAAACAAAUUGUACAACUUUAGAGGUGUGCAGUAAACCAAACGUGAUUCCUUUUUUUGGGGGGUGGGGGGUGGGGUGUGUUAGAAAACCUUCCCAACAGCGCUUUAGGUGAGUAAAUGAUUAGCACGUCUGUACGUGAACAUUACAAUAUACCAAACAUGAUCCCCACAGCCGUACACACACCUCUCAGGGAAACUCUGACAAAAAGCCAACGCAAUUUGAUGACAAUUUGUUCUACACAUUUUGGCAAAAGAGAUCGCGUCAUGGAUGUAGUCAGAGAUGAUAUCAAAAUGUACAUUUUCAGAUGAAACUUGUGUAAACAUUUUUCGGAUGAAAAAGACAUCGUAAACGAUUUUAAACUUUACUACAUCCCUGAUUUUUUUUCCCACAAUUUUUGUUGUAAUACUGAAUGGAACGGGGCCGAUCUUGUCAAACAAUUGCAUACACAUAAUACUAAAUAUAUACACUCAUAUUCUUUCUUAAACAGAACCUUUAUGUACUUCAUCCAGUUUACUAAAUGGAGUAAAACAGACAUUUACUCCUCAUAGUCAUAAACUCUGAAAUCUCAAGUAUUAUGAAAACAACCAUUUGGUGGCUUGUUAAAAUAUCCUACAAUUGCCCAUUAAAUUCCCUUUACUUUGUAAGAUACUUUUGCUAUUGAUGACCUCUGCAGCAAAAGUCAUUAACGUUUUUGUUAGAGCUUCCCUGUCAAGGAGCAAAAAGCCUCCCCAUAAUUGCACUCCUAAAAUACUUCAAACCCAUCAUUUGAUUUUUUUGUUUUGUUUCGUUUUUAGCCCCACUUUAAAAAAACAGUUGGCUAUAAACUGUACCGAUACAAAAUACAGUACAUUGAUUUGUCAAACCUUACACAACAUAACCACAAAUAUCACUGACCAAAAGUUGAGUUCCUCUCAAAUACAAGAAAAUGUUACAAUAAGUUACGAAAAUACGUUGUCACAUUAGACACUUAAGUAUAACAGUAGAAUACUCAUGUAAGGCAAAAUCAGGUGAUUUCACAGUGACGACUUAAAAAGAUUUAAGAUUUUAGCGUUUAAAAACAGACAGCUUCCGUCACUGAAAAGAAGUUCAGUCUGGAUAUAUUAUUGGCUUUUCACUGGCAGAAAAUUAAUUUGGACAUGUUUUUCUUGCUUUCUAGUUUAAUAGAAAUACCUGAUGAUUUUCUCAGAAAAAGGUAAUUCAAGUGGCGUAAAACCAACCCAUUUCUGGAGCACGCAGCAUUUUCUGGAGCUGUGCUAAAAACUAUAUUUUGAUUUGACCGUUGGGCUGCAGCAUGGCAACGUCUACCACGUCCUACGUCAGAGAAUGGCACAUCGAACACCAAAGAGCAACUAUGGGGAGGUUUUGCACUCCUUCAUUAACCAAGUAGCUUAACAAACACAUAUAUAAAUAUGUUAGUAAUUAAUAAAUAGACACAAAUUACAUCAGUGCAAUAUUACACUAUGCCGACAGAGAGCAUUUUGGCAUCAAAUUUAAAUUAUGAAAUGGAAUAUAAAAUCUUUAACCAAAUAAAUAAAUAGAACAUAUAAAUACAUAAAAAAAAUCAAAACAUACAGUACAUGAUGAAAAUAACAUUUGGUUGUCAAAAAUAAAGCUUCGAGUGUGAAAUAGAAAGCCGUUACGGCAUGAUGGGAAAACCGAUUCAUUUGAUUGCAGGGUACAAGCAAACCGGCUGUGGUAUAUUUUUCUUUUGUUUUUCUUAACACAGCUGGUUUAACAGGUACGGUUUAGCCCAAUGUCCUAGCAGCUUCCUGCUACGAGCAAAUAUCAACAAAACAAGUAUUAAAGUAGAUAUUAAAAUAAUAAAAAAAAA